AUGGACGGUGAAGUGGCAGUGUCCUCUUCCCCCGGCGUCGUCUCGCCCUCCUCUCCUCAGGCCACAACCAGUAAGGCCGGUCUCCCGGCAAAACCCCGAGACGGCAGGAAACCCGCACCCGCCACUCCCGCCUUUCUCUGCGACCUGGGGAGGGCCACGCUGCGGGGCAUCCGCAAGUGUCCCCAGUGCGGCGUCUACAACGGCACCCGGGGCCUCAGCUGCAAGAACAAGGCCUGCGGGGUGUCCCUCCGGAGCGCGCCCUCGGCCGCUCGGAGCAGCAAGAGAUGCGGCGUGGAGGUGGUGAGGCUGGUCACGGACAGCGAGGACGCGGGAGGCAAAGAUCAGGAGGGCGUGGGGCUCCUGGGCGCCGGCCCCGGCGGGGGGGCCCAGGUGUUCUCCGUGUGCCACCGGGGCAGGGGAGCCACGGCCACUCAGUGGGGCUUCGUGGAGCUGGUUCCCACGGAUACCGCCAUAGCGACCGGGGACGGGGCCACCCUCCUGACCCGCAUCAACCUGGGCCGCUGCUUUUUGCCGUCCUGCCGGCAGGGUCAGAGGUCAAAUCAGCGCGAGGCAGAAUCGGCGGCGGCGGCAUCGGCGUCCAAGCCGUCCUCCGACAGCCUGUGCGUCCACAUCAAGCAGGCCAUCGAGUGCCAGGGCCGCGCCACGCCCCUGACCCUCAAGAACUCGGCCCUGGACGGCCUGCGGGCCUCCGUCCAGGCCAGGGAGGAGCUGUGGAGGCUGGCCACGGAGUCGCCGGGGCCCCUGGUGCAGCGCGUGUCCAAAGACACGCUGGUGGUCAAGUGCCACGCCGACUCCCAGCACCCCCUGGGCCUCCUGCACCUCAGCGUGGGCGCGGCGGGGCAGGCGGAGGCCCCGAAGGGCGAGAAGGGCGUCUUCCACUGCGCAUGCCAGGCCGGCGGCAGGAGGAAUAAGCCGGCGGGGGAAGGAGUGGGCAGCCCGCAGCCGCCCCCGUGCCCGGGAGCACAGCCCUGCCUUCACUUCCACGCCUGUGUGUGCGCCUUCGCCAGCAACGAGAAGCUGGCGUCGGAGUUCGCGGCCUUCAUCGACUACCCCUCCGGCGGUUUGCCACAGAGUGCGUCCAGCAGAACAAAUCCCGGCGAGAAACUUCUGGAGGCCGAACGUGUCGACUCCCGUCCCAAAAGCAAAAAGCUUUGCCUGGAUAACUCAGUCUCAGGGAGCGCCCCCGUGGUGGACGAGCGCUCGGUCAGCAUGAGCUUCCUCCAGUGGCUGGCCGGCGUGACGGAGAGGAUCCACCAGACUAUGCACUUCCAGUGUGACGGGAAGCCACAGCCUCUGGUCUACCACAUCCCCCUGGAGUUUUUCAACGCUCUGCAGCAGCGCAUGUCCCUGGGGUCCAAGAAGAGGAGACUGCCUAAUACAACAACAGUUGUGAGGAAUGACGGACUUCCUCUGGGCUCCUUUUCCAAGUACACCUGGCACAUCACCAGCCUGCUGCAGGUCAAACGCAUCUUCGACACUCCCGAGCUGCCUCUGGAAGUCACUCAGAGUUUUGUAAAGAACGGGGACGGCUCUUACGCCCGUUUUCGCUGCCCAGAGCCCCCGCCGGAGCCGGGACUGCCCGAGGCCUUCAGGACGGACCGGGCUCAGGCCAUACGGCCCAUGGAGCUGCGCACCUUCCUCAAAGUCGGACCAGGCGUGGCCGACCAGAAGGAGGCCGGCCCCUUCGUGAUCGAGUGGAUCCCGGACGUCCUGCCCCGCUGCCGGAUGGGAGAGCUCCGGAUCGCCUUCGAGUUCGGCCACCAGCAGAGCGGCCAGCCGGAGCUCCUGGAGAAGACCGGCCCGGCAGAGAAAGGAGGCCGCAGCAAGCCGGACUGCGGCCAAGCCCGAGUCGCCAACACCGCUGAGAUCCUCCAAGUAGUGGUUCAGUAGCCUUUAUUAAUGGGCAAAUUCUAUUUAUGAAUGGGAACUUCCGGAGGAGUUAAUGGACCCAUGCUUGACUCAAAUGGGUUCACUUUAAGCUUUUUAUACAUAAAUUUUAAAGGUCAGCGGAAGCUAUUCUGUCCCACUGGAGACGGGGGCUCCCAAACUCACCGUGGGCUACUUCCACUUUUCGCUGACCAAUCACAGCCAGCUGAGCCUUUUGGGAAGAGGGCCUUAAAGAGACAGGAGCUGAAACAGCAUUUUACAGACUAUCUGUAAACGGGUGCAAACGAGUUGGCCACAGUCAGGAUUUUAUCCUCAAUAUUUUCAUACAGAAAACAUGACGAAAAUCAUUUGAAAGCAUUAAGAUCGUUUUUCAGUUCAACCCUUUAACAGCUUUUUUUUCACUUCUUAUUCCGGGUCACAGGAUAAACUAUAGGAAGUGCCCUUUCCUAAACUAUCUAUAAAUUAGUAUUAGGAAUGUGAUGCCUAAAUGAAGCAUGAGGAAAAAGCAUUGAUCUGGUCAUUAUUUCUCCAAAGAAAUUAAAACAGUCAACAAUUUCCCUGUCCUGUUUUUCUAAGUGGAGAUGCAGAUGGGUUACAGUUAAAGAACCGUUUUGCAUUGAGAUUUAAACAAAGCUCCCAGCUCACGCUUGAAACAAAAUGUCUGCUCAUGAGAUAUUUAAAACCCGAAUAACAUUUACGGCUUAAGCUAAUAAGCAGCAGUGAGGCCAGCCGGAACUUAUCAGGGUGGAUUUUUCCUUUUCGCCUCAAACUUUUUGUUUUUGUCUAAUUCUAGAGUUUAUAUGUAGAGCUACUGAUUCCCUUUACAAACUCCAUCUUUCUUUCUUUUGUUAUCAAGGCUAACGUAAACCUUUAAAGACCCUCUUUGAGGAGUCUGUGGGGUCACCUCGCCUGUAAAGUGUCUUGACUUUCGUACCUCGUAUUUUCUCCUCUGUGCCCUUUUUCUGACAAGUUUGUCGUUUAUUUUCUAAGGAUUUUGAUUAAAUGUUGCAUUAGUGACAUUAGACUUAAUCAUGCUGCUUGUUUAAUGGCCUUGAAGUGUUUACAACCGCUGGCAAAAAGGAGGAAGUCACCCACUAGGGAGGACUUUUAUCCUCCUUAUUUGUGAAUCGGGGCAAGAAUUGAAUAAUGUUUGGCAUGCUUUAAUAAAAAAAAUGUCCAUCUGAUUUCAUAUUUUCUGCCCGAGAUUGUUUGUACUGACCUCUCAUGACCCUUAAUGUAAGCCAAAUGUGACUUAAUGGAAUCACUAUUGUGUACAGUGGCAGGUUUAAUUUAGGGCUUCAUCAGAAAGAAAGUGAUGUCUUCUCAGUUUUUGAACUGUCUCGUUUGGGUGUUAAAAUCCUAAAACAGAUGUAUUUGAAUUGCAGUUUGUGUGAGUAAAACACUGAGAAAAGCG